GAGCCACGGGGAGGAGCAAAACCCGGAGGUCCCGGGCACCUUGGGUAGAGCCAGAGCGGCGGGAGCCGGUCCCGGGCGCGUUGCCCCGGGAGUGCCCGUCGUCCGGGCAGAGCGCAGCCGCAACCGCGACCACAGCCGCAGUCGCUUUCCAGCCUGCCUUCGGUGCGCAGUGGGGAAGCAGGGCUAGUGCAGCCGCAGGAGGGGGCACGGGCUCCUCUCCCAUCCCAGAGCUACUGGGCUGCCCUUGCUGUCCUUUCUGCCCCAGCAGAGCCCGGCCGGACCUGCCACCUGCGCCCUGGUUGCGCCAUGGAUCCUUCGGAAAAGAAGAUAUCGGUGUGGAUCUGCCAGGAAGAGAAGCUGGUGUCCGGUCUCUCCCGCCGCACCACUUGCUCGGACGUCGUGCGAGUGCUUUUGGAGGACGGCUGCCGACGGCGACGGAGACAGCGGCGGAGCCGGCGGCGGGGGUCGGCCGGCGACCCGCCUGGCCCGGGAGAGCUUCCCGAACCUCCAGACGAGGACGACGAGGACGACGACGAGGCGCUGCCCCAGGGCAUGCUGUGUGGACCCCCGCAGUGCUAUUGCAUCGUGGAGAAGUGGCGCGGCUUUGAGCGCAUCCUCCCUAACAAGACUCGCAUCUUGCGCCUCUGGGCUGCCUGGGGCGAAGAGCAAGAGAAUGUGCGCUUUGUGCUAGUGCGCAGCGAGGCAUCGCUGCCUAACGCCGGCCCCCGCAGCGCCGAGGCGCGCGUAGUGCUCAGCCGAGAGCGCCCCUGUCCGGCCCGCGGGGCCCCCGCGCGGCCCAGCCUGGCCAUGACCCAGGAGAAACAGCGGCGAGUGGUGCGCAAGGCCUUUCGCAAACUGGCCAAGCUCAACCGGCGGCGCCAGCAGCAGCCACCGUCGUCCUGUUCGUCCACUUCGUCGUCCACUGCCUCGUCCUGCUCUUCGUCGCCGCGGGCCCACGAGAGCGCGUCGGUGGAGCGCAUGGAGACGCUGGUGCAUCUGGUGCUCUCCCAGGACCACACCAUUCGCCAGCAGGUGCAGCGGCUCCACGAGCUGGACCGCGAGAUCGACCGCUACGAGGCCAAGGUGCACCUGGACCGCAUGCGGCGUCACGGGGUCAACUACGUGCAGGACACUUACUUGGUUGGGGCAGGCAUCGAGCUCGACGGGUCCAGCCCAGGAGAGGAGCCAGAAGAGGUGGUGGCGGAGGCAGAGGCGGCGGCGGCGGCGCCGCCCCCUCUAGACGGCGAGGCGCAGGCUGCGGCGCUGGAGGAGCUGGCCCGGCGCUGCGACGACUUACUGAGGCUUCAGGAGCAACGGGUUCAGCAGGAGGAGUUGCUGGAGCGCCUUUCAGCCGAGAUUCAGGAGGAACUCAACCAGAGGUGGAUGCGGCGGCGCCAGGAGGAGCUGGCGGCGCGGGAGGAGACCCCGGAGCCCGAUGGCGGCCCCGAGGGCGAGCUGCUGCUGGAGCAGGAACGGGUCAGGACGCAGCUCAGUACUAGCCUUUACAUCGGGCUCCGGCUCAACACGGACCUGGAGGCCGUCAAGUCGGACUUGGAUUACAGCCAGCAGCAAUGGGACAGCAAGGAGCGCGAGCUACAGGGCCUUCUGCAAACUUUGCACACUUUGGAGCUGACAGUGGCGCCGGAUGGGGCUCCUGGCUCCGGCGGUCCCUCGCGGGAAGCCGGGCCUCAAGCCUGCGCCGACAUGUGGGUGGACCAGGCCCGUGGACUGGCCAAGAGCGGUCCUGGCAACGACGAAGACUCGGAUACGGGGCUGAGCUCUAUGCAUAGCCAAGACUCGGACUCCGUUCCUAUGUGCGAAUCCCUUGUCUAGGGGUAGCAGGGGAGAGGGGGAAACAGGGAUCUCUUUUUUCUUGCAGAAUGCAGUGGGCCGGCCGGCUCAGGGAUUUGAAACCAGGCUGUUGGGCCGGGGGAGGGCUUAGGACGCCUGCCUAGCCUCGCGCUCAUCUGGCUCCGGGGUGAGUGCGGAGGAGGGUGGGGGACGAAGAAGUAGGGUCCCCAGUACAAGUUCUUUAAAGAGAGGGAAGGAGGGAGGAGGCGAGAACCACCUAUACUGGAAAACACCCCAAGGAAAUUGACGUGGUCCGAGCCCGUUUUCAAAGUAAGGAAGUAUUACGGAGAUUUCACUACUCUUCUGUAUGGGAAGGACUGAUGGCAGCUAGAACUUUAGUGUGUGGUAUGAAGUGCUUUUAAAAGAAACACUUGGAUGAAAAGGAAAUUCCUUGAAUGUUAAUUGUGACUGUAAACGUGUUAAAACUAGCCAAAGAGGACACACUGGUGUCGGUCUCAGCCUUUCUUACAUCUUUGAUAAAACCCAUAGGCACCAAAAUCCUGGCUGUUUACAUUUCUGCAGAUUUGGGAAUUACCCAUCUGCUAAAUCAUUUGUCUUUUAUUUUCUUUCAAAGGCUAAACUGUAUCGAAGUCUAAUUCUGUAUUUCCUCCUAGUAAACAGAGUAGAUGUUAAAAGGGAAUUCUUUUCCCAAAAUAACCUUUUAUUAUUACAAAAGCCAAACAUAAUCAUUUGAGAUAUAAAAUCCUGGCAAACAUAAUCCUGGUUAAAAUUUAAUCUGGGCCCUUUGGGGUUUGUCCCUGCAAAGGCAGGUGUGUUGCCCUUUAAUUCAUAUUGCCACUUCAUUGACUCAAUCACUGUUAUUUCAGAAAAAAUAAAAGGAAGUGGCAGAAUUCGAGUUACGCACAACAAAACUUGCUGUUUAACAAGCACUCUUUGAAAGCAAAGGUAUGUUAGUGUUCAGCUUUUAAAUUGAGCUAUGUGAUUAAAACCAACUGUGACCACAACG